UCCCCUCACAUUCAGAGCCAGUUAGGACUUAGUCAUGGCGAUCUGCGCUGACCAAACAUCACUAUGAAUCCUUCCGAUGUCAUUUUCUGUUUAGUAUUAUUUUGAAAUAUUCACGAUCACCUGUGCAUAUUUGCAACCCAUAUGAUCUUAACGUCGUGUUUGUCAACUUCAAUCAGUAUUCAAAGGCUUCGUCAAGAGCGCAAUAUUAAGUGAUUUCCGAAGUAGCUUCGCCGCUUGAUAAUUUCCACCACAUUGAAUCUUUCGUACUCGUAGCUAUAGCCCGGAGGUCAGACAUCGUACACCAUCCAUAACAGUAUUGUAUUUCUUCGUAAUGGAUUGGCCACCUUCAUCAGCCGUUAGGCCCCCAUCUUUAAUUUCCACCCUCAAUCCAAAGUCCCAACCGGGCUCGCCCUUCAUGACAAGACUAGCCCCAGAGAUCCGUCUCAUGAUAUAUGAGUGUAUUUUCGGCUAUAGAAAUCUGCAUAUUUUCAUCUACGAGGAAAAGCUUGUCAGUCUACUAUGCAAGAAUCCAACUGCUAUCGGGUUCGACGGCCAUGAGAUCUGUAUUGGGAUGCCGAUGUAUCGAAGUCCGGGGAUGGAUUGGAACUCCGAACUCCUUCAAGACCGACCAUCGUGUAGAGAAAAGCCCUAUAACAGCUCUAUCUUGGCGACCUGCCGCGCGAUAUACUUAGAGUCGGUCGACAUCCUGUACAGGAAACAAGUCCUCCACUUCAGCAACCUAAUCUCCAUCGCGGUGUUCCCGCGCGCCAUAAUCCCCCACCACCUCGACGUGCUACAGCACAUCAAGCUCUCCCUGGCUCUCUUCAAACGCGGCGACAUAAUACAUGCUUAUUUCAACAACGCCUUCAGCCGAAACUGGCAGGGCUGGGAUGAGGCCAGCGCUGCCGGCGACACGCCGUGGCAGUGCACGUGGAACGCCAUCGCCGAGUUGCGGGCGCUGCACACCUUGUCGGUGACGCUCGAGGUCAGCCCCGAGGACCACGAUGCGCUGUGGUCGCGGUCCAUGCCUGCGGACUUUGAGACGCUGCUUUUCCAGCCGAUGAGGCAGGUCGUUUGCGAGGACUUCACGGUGAGGGUCAAUUGGCCGUGCACGGGAAAUAUGUUUGAGGGUUGCCCGUUUCGAUUAGAGCGCUUUGGAGAUGCGGAGAGAGAGACGUAGGGUUAAGCAUUGUGGCGUUUGGGGGCCGAUAUCUCGGCUCACACGAGUUCAUUCGGGGAGGCUCUGUAGUAGGUCCCUACCUACUUAAUUAAGUAUUGAAUCGUUGGGGGUAAUGUAAGACGGUAUUCUGCCUAUCGCAUGUAAUAUUCUCAUUCUUAUCACACUAUUGGGUGAUAGAGUAGUAAUCGUAUCCUCCGAGUUGGAUAGUCUGAGGAUCAAGGCUCUGAUAAAUUGAAAAUGUAGCCCCCGCGAUGGUAACCACUGUAACUGUGUCUGUAGGAUGAGGCAGCAAUGCUCACUAUCCUACCUACGUAUUUACCGGGCAAUCCUGGAUAUGUCAUCGGUACCGACGUUGUAGGACUCGGCGGAAUGCGGAAUAAUCCUUAGCUACUAGGUAAUCAAUGCUUACCUGGGUGCCUAAAUAAAGUGAGCAGAGACAAAAGGAGGCGGCUCACAGCUGCUCUCUCUCCCACAUUCACUCGGAGCCGGAGGGUACAACAUAUCGACAUCUCCAAUUAGCGUAUAUCCAAUAGGAGAGCGAAGCGACCGCCACACCGGCUCACUAAGACUCUACAUAUGUAAGCUACACUAUUCAAUCUGCCUGGGUAGGUAGGUUACACUAUU